AUGUCUAUGAUCACGCUAUUCCUGAUAUUUUUCUGCAGUUAUGCGUUAGCUGCUGAAACAAACGAUACGAAACUGAGUAAACGAGGAAUAGUAGAACCUGACGGAUGGAUUGGUAUGCCAAAUCCUCGAGGAGACAGCGGUGGACAGUCGAUGCUAAUUAAGCCGGAUUGGAGAGGACUUAAGUUACCUCCUUUUAACUUAGCACACAGGGGAUUAAGUGGCGGACUAGGUUAUGGUAGAGGACCAGUAUUUCCUUUGCCAAGCGGAAAUAUAUUAAACUCAAUUCCAUUAGUCAUAACGAAACAUGUGGUCUUAGAGAAGCCAAUUCCGAUUCCACAGCCAGUUUACAUCGAAAAACGCAUGCCUGUUCCGGCCGAGAUGAUGCCUAAACCGGCUCCACUUCCCGGUCCGGCUGUUCCGGCUCCGUUAGAACGCGCAAUGCCAAUUCCCGUAAAAGAACCGAUGACAGAGCCAGUACAACAAUCGUAUCCAAUGCCGGUAAAGCAAGCAUUACCAGUUCCGCUUCCGGCUCCAGUUCCAAGUUCGGCCCCACCGCCACCAAUGGCGGUUGGUCCGGUAGUUUGCGACGGUCGAGAUUAUGGCGGCGGUCACUUUUAUCCACCGUUGCUCGCGCAGUUUUUUCAUAGUUUUGGCGCCGGCUUCCUGCACGGUUUUGGCCAUGGUUUCAGUCACGGAUUCGGCCACGGUUUGGGCCCUGGUUUCAACUACGGUCACGGCCACGGUUACGGCUACCCACCUCUUCCCUACGUUCCCGAUUACGGUCAUGGACGCGAGAACAAGAAACCGGACAAUAAUUAA